AUGACGACUUCUCCUUACCCACAUAUGAUGAGGAAACCCUCAAAGCUAUCAAUGGUUAAAGCGGACACUGCUCGCAAAGAGUAUGAUGACGUUGACAUAAAAGUUGGUACGCUGGAUAGGGAUAUCAAAGAAGCCGAAUCAUUCCUAGAACAAGAUUUUGGCGCUGAUCACGCUUGGGCAACACUGAAAGGAAAAUGCUUUGAUUUAACCGACAAACAGUACACUUACACAUUCUGUCCGUUUGAUAGGACAAUACAAAAAGAAAAAGCUGGCUAUGGUGAAACGAGUCUUGGGAAGUGGAAGGAAUGGUCUGGCGAAGGGAAUGAUAAAUACUCUAAACAGAAGUAUGCUGACGGACAACAAUGCUGGAAUGGUCCUCAACGAUCAACGGAUGUAUUAUAUUUUAAGGUAGAAAUUAGAUGUGGUGAAGAAUCCGAGUUGAUUGAGGCCACAGAACCAGCUAAGUGUGAAUAUCGGUUUGUGUUUCGGACUCCCGCCGCAUGUAAUGAUCCUGAUCAUGAAGAACCACUGCACGCUGAGCUUUAA